AUGGCUACCUACUUGCGGGAUGUCAUUGCCCUGAACCCGAACAGCUUCCGCCUGUUCGGACCCGACGAGACCGAGUCCAACAAACUCGGUGCCGUCUACGAAGCCGGCAAGAAGGUCUGGAUGGGCGAGUACUUUGAGGAGGACGCCAACGGCGGCAACCUGGCCCCCGAAGGCCGCGUCAUGGAGAUGCUUUCCGAGCAUACCUGCGAGGGUUGGCUCGAGGGCUACAUUCUGACCGGACGUCACGGCCUGCUCAACAGCUACGAGCCGUUCAGUCUAGUCCAUGUCAUCGACUCCAUGGUCAACCAACACUGCAAGUGGAUCGAGAAGGCUCUCGAGGUCGAGUGGCGCAACAAGAUCGCCUCUCUCAACAUCCUCCUGACGGCCGUCGUCUGGCGGCAGGACCACAACGGCUUCACGCACCAAGACCCCGGCUUCCUCGACGUCGUCGCCAACAAGAGCCCCGAGGUCGUGCGCAUCUACCUCCCGCCCGACGGCAACUGCCUGCUCUCGACGAUGGACCACUGCUUCGCGUCGUCCAACUACGUCAAUGUCAUCGUCGCCGACAAACAGGAGCAUCUGCAGUACCUCUCGAUGGACAAGGCGGUCGAGCACUGCACCAAGGGCAUCGGCAUCUGGCCCCAGUUCAGCACCGACCAGGGCGAGGAGCCCGACCUCGUCAUGGCCUCGUGCGGCGACAUCUCGACGCACGAGUCGCUGGCCGCCAUCGACCUGCUGCUCCAGCACUUCCCCGAGCUCAAGAUCCGCUGCGUCAACUGCGUCGACCUCUUCAAGCUCAUCUCGCACGAGGACCACCCGCAUGGCCUCACCAACGCCGAGUGGGUCGCCCUCUUCACCGACGACAAGCCUGUCAUCUUCAACUUCCACUCGUACCCCUGGCUCGUCCACCGCCUCGCGUACAAGCGCCCCGGCAACAUGAACCUCCACGUCCGCGGCUACAAGGAGAAGGGCAACAUCGACACGCCGCUCGAGCUCGCCAUCCGCAACCAGACGGACCGCUUCAGCCUCGCCAUGGACGCCAUCGACCGCAUGCCCCAGCUGCACAACCGCGGCGCCGCCGCCCGCGAGGCCCUGCGCAACCAGCAGAUCGCUGCGCGCAUCGAGGCCUUUGAGACGGGCAUGGACCCGCCCUUCCUCAAGGACUGGACCUGGUCCCACAACGGCCUGUGGAAGCAGACCGUGUCCAAGCUGACCAUCUAG